CCUAACUAAACCGCAGCAAUUAUUGUUCCUUCUGUCUUUGAAAACGAAAACUUUGUAAAAGGUAGAAAUCGCUCGAUUUGUCUUUCUCUUGACUAAAUUACUUUCAAUUCAUACAACCAUGGAAAUUCUACCGAGUGUAACCUGGGUCUCGGUUAGUCUACCAGUUGUAGCGAGUGUAAGCGCCGUUGCAUUGUCUAUCCAGCGUGGCCUUUAUCACAAACGUCAGCAACAAGAAGAAGGUGGUAUUUCCCUAUCGACUGACGGACGGCUGCCUCUUCGAACCGAUUCUAAAAGGGAUUUAAGCGUUCCCUUUGAUGACACAAAUCGUAUUACACGUAUUACGUACUGCACCUUGCUACUAGCUACAUUGUCUGCAAUGGAUCUGUAUGCUAAUGUUACUCAUGUCAAGAACGAUCCUAACAAUGUUCACCUGAUCGCUUCUUCUACAGGUAUCUUCAUAUCAUGGCUUUAUGCUUUUGUUCUUGCAAUAACCUCUCGUCAUUAUCGUCUACCCAAUGAAUGGGGUUGGGUAUUGAAUGUUCACCUCUGCAUCUUCUAUACCAUUGCAUUUUGUUUUUCUGUCUAUCAAUUCUGUCUAGAUGUAAUUAUCGGGUCCCCACAGAUGCCAUGGUUGGAAUCAUUGUCACUAUUAUUACCUGUAUUAUUAGGAUUUGAUUUGGUUUAUGUUACUGCGACUAUGAAACAAGGCCCGCCAUUUUUGGACGAAAAAGAUCGUCCGGUGUGUAACAUAAACGUUGAUUCAAUCUUUGGUAAAUUGUCCUUUAAUUGGGUUACAAAUGUAGUUCGUGUUGUCUCCAAGAAGAAAGGCGAAAUGACGGACCAGGAUUUACCUGUUUUGACCCCUGAGUUUCGCGCACAUAAUAUAUUCUAUAUCUUUGGCGCUUCGCGGGGAAAAGGCUCACUUUUAUAUCGCUUACUUAAGGCCAAUGCCGCGGAUAUAGUCAUUCAAGUAUCUUUAGCUAUUAUUGCUUCGUUUUUGUACUAUGCUCCCGCUUUCUUCAUGAAUCGCUUGCUCCAACUCCUUCAAGAUGUUAGUAAUGGUGUGUAUUAUGAAGAUGCUAUGAUGUACGGGACCUUAAUUGUGAUUGGUAUGGGCGUGUCUAUUGUUAUUCUGGGUAUUAUCACUGGUCAACUCUGGUAUCAUGCUUCCUGCUCUCUUCAAACUCGCGUGAGAACCAUGUUAAACGUUGAAGUGUACCAAAAAUCCCUUCGUCGUCGCGAUCUUUCUGUUGCUUCUUCUGAAAAGGCUGAUGAUAAAGAAUCCAAAGAUACUGAUAAAAAGGAGGACGAGGACUCAUUAGCUUCUACUGGUGCUAUUAUCAAUUUAAUGGGUACUGAUGCCAGUCGUAUUGCUGAUUUCGCUGCCGUUUGGUUUGCUAUUAUUUCUGCUCCUCUUGAACUCAUCACGGGAUUCUACUUUCUAUACCAACUCAUGGGCGUUUCUUGUUUUUAUGGCUUACUGAUCAUGAUUGUCAUUUUACCCAUUAACCAUUUUAAUGCUAAGAUUUUUUCAAAAACUCAAGAUCGUUUGAUGGAAGCCCGUGAUAAACGUGUUUCGCUUAUGAAUGAAGUCCUUUUGGGCAUUCGUCAAAUUAAGUUCUUUGCCUGGGAAAAAAAAUGGGAAGAGCGUAUUAUGGAAGCAAGAAAUCUCGAACUCCAUCAGUUGAGUAUUACAUAUGUUAAUGGUGUAUUUUUCUCUCUGGUCUGGCAAGGCGCACCUAUAUUAGUAACACUUGUUUCAUUUUUUGCUUUUACAAAGAUUCAAGGAUACGAAUUAAAUGCACCUAUUGCAUUUACUGCCAUUAGUAUAUUUGCUGAGCUUCGUUAUGCACUAAAUGUUAUUCCUGAAACACUAAUCGAUAGUAUACAAGCGCUCUCCAGUUUAAAACGUAUUACAAAGUUUUUAGAAGAAGAUGAAAUUGAUCCCGUUCUUCCUGGAGACAAUCAAGCCUCUGUUAAGAUUGGAUUUGAAAAUGCUACUAUUGGUUGGAAGAAACCACUUCCAAAUCAAAGCACUGCUGACGAAGAAGCAAGUUUUAUUCUUAAAAAUAUUGUAGCCGAGUUCCCUAACAACGAGCUUAGUUUGGUCAGUGGUUCUACUGGUUCCGGAAAGACCUUAAUGCUUCUUGGUCUACUGGGUGAAGCUAUCUUGUUAGACGGUAAGAUUUCUUGCCCUCGUGUACCUCUUGCCGAUACUAUCUUUUCUGAAUUCGGGCCUAUUUCUGAAGAUAUCAACUCGGAUGAAUGGAUUUUGGAUCGCUCCUUGGCCUAUGUGUCUCAAACUCCCUGGUUACAAAACGCAUCCAUUCGUGACAACAUUUUGUUUGGAUUUCCCUACAUUGAAUCACGUUAUAACAAUACUUUGACUGCCUGUGCUCUUGAUAAAGAUCUGAGUAUUUUUGAAGACGGUGACGGCACUGAAAUUGGUGAGAAGGGUAUCACUCUCUCUGGUGGUCAAAAGGCGCGAGUUGCAUUAGCCAGAGCUGUUUACUCUCGUGCCAAAAAUGUUUUGAUGGAUGAUGUUUUGAGUGCUGUAGAUGCACAUACUGCUAAACAUUUAUAUGACAACUGUUUGAUGGGACCUCUCAUGAGAAAUCGUACUCGAAUUCUUGUUACACAUCAUAUCAAGCUUUGCAUUAAAGGUUGUAGCUUUUUGGUUCAUAUUGAUAAUGGUCGUGCUGGUGUGGUUGGGUCGCCUGAAGAGUUGCGUCAAUCUGGUGCUUUGCAAAAGAUCAUCGAAGAGGAUAAUGAAUUUGAAGACGAUCAAGAUGCUUCUGAAGAAGCCGCCAUUGAAAAUAUUGACAACUCUUCAACCACUACCGUCGCUUCCGGAACUGACACUAAUACAAAGAAAGAUCAGAAGGCAGCCCGUGUACUAGUUGAAGAUGAAACGCGUGCUUCUGGAGCAGUUAAAUUUAGAUUAUACAAAAUUUAUUUCUCAAUGGUUGGUAAUGCUGGCUUUUGGCUUGUCAUGACUCUUUUUGUCAUUGGCGCCCGUUCCUUGGAAAUUGGAGAGAGUUGGUGGAUCAAGAUUUGGGCUCAAUCUUACACAAACAACCCAAAUGAUAAUACCACAAUUUCUGCUUUUAACGCUGGUUUAGGUGCUCGUACUCAUGACCUCGGCAUGAUGAUGAUGCCUGACUUUUCGCAGACUUCGGUGGUCACUGCUUUGAAUAAUGGAACCUCUCACACAUCUUCCGACGGAGUUAAUCAUCUGAACUAUUAUUUGAGUAUAUACUGUCUAAUUACUUGUGGAAACGUUAUUGUUGGCUCCCUACGAUAUGCUUUGAUGUACUGGGGUGCUCUCAAAGCAAACCGUCAAUUAUAUGGGUCUCUUCUUCAUCGGGUAUUCCGUGCUCCUCUUCGUUUCUUUGAUACAACCCCCACAGGUCGUAUUUUGAACAGAUUUGCCAAGGAUUUUGAAGCUGUCGACUCCAAGAUUCCCAGCGAUUUCAUGCUCUUUGUUGUUCAAUGGUUUAUGAUUAUUACAACUGCUAUUACAGUAUGCGUUGUUAUGCCAGCCCUUUUUAUUCCAAUGUUUGUUAUUGCAGCAAUCAAUAUAUUCGUUGGGUUGGAGUAUGUUAAAAGCUCCCGUGAGUUUAAGCGUUUGGAUUCUGUAACAAGAUCACCUAUAUUCUCCAAUUUCACUGAGACCAUUUCUGGUGUUGCUACCAUUCGUGCUUUUGGUGCAUCUCAACAGUUUCUUCAGGUUAUGAUGGAGUGCAUCGAUGCCAAUGUCCGUCCCUUUGUAUACUCUUGGACUGUUAAUCGAUGGGUUAGUGUCCGAUACUCGAUGACUUCUGCUGUAGUCAACUUUAGUGCUUGCGCAAUUGUGCUUUAUAACAUGGACAAAAUAGACGUAGCCUUAGCAGGCUUUGCUUUGAGUUUUGUACUGUUGUUUACUGAUAAUAUGUUCUGGGGUAUCCGCCAAUACACUGGGUUGGAAAUGAGUUUCAACGCCAUCGAACGUAUUGUUGAAUUUAUGGAAAUGGAUCAAGAAGCUGCUGCUAUAUCUAGUUUUAGACCCCCACCUCAAUGGCCUACCCAAGGUGAGAUUGAAGUGAAGGAUUUGGAAGUGAGAUACGCUGCCGAUUUGGAUCCCGUCUUGAAAGGUCUUACAUUCUCUGUCAAGCCUCAGGAAAAGAUUGGUAUUGUAGGUAGAACGGGUAGUGGUAAAUCUACACUUGCAUUAUCGUUUUUCCGUUUUGUGGAAGCUUCACAAGGUUCCAUUACUAUUGACAAUAUAGAUAUUAAAGAUCUUGGUACAGAAGAUCUCCGUUCCAAUUUGACCAUUAUUCCUCAAGAUCCUACCUUGUUUUCUGGCACACUUCGCUCAAAUAUGGAUCCAUUCCAGGAAUUCCAGGACGAAGAUAUUAUUGCGGCGCUCCAACGAGUUCAUCUGGUUCCAAGCAGUGCUAAUAGUAGUAUCCAGAGUUUCAACAGUGGAGAAGAGGUCAAUGCCAAUGUAUUCAAAGAUCUCGAUACAAACGUCAGCGAAGGUGGCAAAAACUUUUCUCAAGGUCAACGUCAAUUAUUAUGUCUCGGCCGUGCACUUUUGAAAAGUAGUCGCGUUGUCUUGAUGGACGAGGCUACUGCAAGCGUCGAUUUCGAGACAGACAAGGCAAUUCAAAAAACGAUUACCACCGAGUUUUCUGAUAGUACAAUUUUGUGUAUUGCUCAUCGUUUACAUACGGUGAUUGAAUAUGAUCGUAUUUUGCUAUUGGAUCAAGGACGUAUUAUUGAAUUUGAUAAUCCUUUGACAUUGAUCAACAAUCCCGAGUCAUCAUUUUACAAAAUGUGUCGUAAUUCUGGUGAAUUUGAUAGCUUAUUAGAACUUGCUAAAUCAAAACAUCAACUUGUUGAAGUAUAGAAUAUUAUCCCUAUCUAUCAACCCCCUUGCAUCCAGGACUAUUAUCAUAAAGAGAAUAGUAGUUAAUAAUAAAAAUACUUUAUUAAUAAUUAA